AUGGCAUGCGUUGAUCCCUUCCUCCAAUUCGAUGACGAGAGCUUCGCUCUGCAGCUUCAACUCGAAGAGAUCGAAGCUCAGCGUGAGCUUCAGUCCGGCAAAUGGACUGAGGGUAGUCCUCCGGACUUUUCAUUAGCAUUCGAUGACUUCGAGACCGAGUUGAAGAAGGCGCUUCUUCUAGUCGAGGACCUGAAAUUCGCUCACAGCAUUGCUAGAGCUGUUGCUUCUGAUGCUGUGGCCAUUGAAGAAUCAAGAGCUGAGGAGACACAGUCGAUUCAAGAUCGAGACUUCGCCCUGAGCUUGAAUGAAGAUGGAAAUCUACUAUCCCAGGAUACCACCGAUUUGCCGGAGAUGUCUCGCCUCGGAGCGGAGUCGGUUGACUGGGACCAUGUCCUGCGAGCUAUAGAAGCACCAACUCUCAGCAACCGGUCCUAUAGCACUGUUGCGGGCCCAUCGACCUAUUACACUCUCCGCCAGGAAGUUUUCCUUGAGCACUUGCCCCAGCUCAAAGUGGAAUGCAGUGUCUGUGGAGAAGCCGUUCAUCCUCAUGCUACUGUGCGUUUGGUAUGCGGCGAUGUAUAUUGCAAGCCGUGCCUCAAGUCUUUUUUCCUGCGUGUUGCUAAGGACGAAAGCCUUUUCCCACCAACAUGUCACCGCCAGGCGAUUGAUAUCUCGACUAUCGAGGCGGACUUCUCAAUCGAGGAGUUGGCUGCCUAUCGAAGUGCUGAGCUGGAAUUUACCAGCACGGAUAGAGUCUACUGUGCUAGGCCGGAGUGCGCCAAGUUCAUUCCCAUGCCGCAGCGAACAGCGGAUUGCGCUUCCUGUGGGGCCUGUAGUGCUGAAACUUGUAUGCAUUGCAAAGCACUUGCACAUGAUGGAGGAUGUCCAGCGGAUGAAGCAAAGCAGAGCCUCAUCAAUUUCGCGGAUGAGCAAGGCUGGAAACCCUGUUUUGGAUGCGGUGAAAUGGUGUUUCGGUAUGAGGGCUGUGACCACAUGACUUGUAGAUGCAGCGCCGAGUUCUGCUACAGAUGUGGAGUGAAGUGGAAGGAAUGCCCAUGUGGUGACUGGGUGCCGGAACUACUCGAUCGAAGAGCUCAGCAAGUUGUUGACAGAGAGGCUCCAUGGCCCUUGGCACCUGCUAUUCGUCAACAGCGCGUGGUGGCUAUGGUACAGGAACUACAAACAAACCAUGAGUGCGACCAUAGUGGCAAGUUCACCAAACUGGAAGGAUCGCGCCGCGGCAAGGUCUGCGAGAUGUGUGGCACGAGACAUUGGAAGUACAUAUUGUCUUGCAAACGUUGCCAUAUGCUGGCCUGCGAAGACUGUCGACGCCACAGACUAUAG